AUGGAUGUUAGUCACCAAAUUUCCCUUAAGAAUUUUGUUGAAGAAGUAAUAUUCACUAGUUUUUCGGGUCAUUUCUUUCUUUCCUUUUUAGGGGUCAUUUCUUUCUUUUUUUGGGGUCAUUUCUUUCUUUCCUUUUUUGGGUCAUUUCUUUCUGUUUUUUUGGGUCAUUUCUUUCUGUUUUUUUGGGUCAUUUCUUUCUUUCUUUUUUUCUGGGUCAUUUCUUUCUUUUUUGGGGGGGUCAUUUCUUUCUUUCUUUUUUUUGGUCAUUUCGUUCUUUUUUGGGGGGGUCAUUUCUUUCUUCCUUUUUUUGGGGGUCAUUCCUUUCUUUCUUUUUUUGGGGAGUCAUUUCUUUCUUUUUUCUGGGUCAAUUCUUUCUUUUUUGGGGUCAUUUCUUUCUUUUUUGGGUCAUUUCUUUCUUUCUUUUUGUCUGAGUCAUUUCUUUCUUGUUUUUGGGUCAUUUCUGUCUUUCUUUUUUGGGGGUCAUUUCUUUCUUCCUUUUUUGGGGGGCUAUUUUUUUUCUUUCUUUUUUGA